CAAAGCCCAAUCCCUGACAAAUAGAAGUAGUGUGAUAAUGAAUUAAUGCAGAGUAUACUCUCCACAACCAAUAUAAAUUUUAGUUAAUUUAGUUAAGUUAAAUUUAAGACAUUUAAAUGUAUUGCGAAAGUACAAAAUAAAUUAUGGAUAUUAUCCGUUGAGAGAAAAUGGAAUUUUAUGAAUUAAUGACAAGAAAAACACAAGUAUAAAGGUAUCAACUCGGUAAAGAAGCAUGGAUUCACAUUUCCCAUCUGAAAAAGGUGGAUUGACGAUAGAACGUCGUAUGACAUAUUUUGAAACUCUGGUUCACUUCCUGAAAGGAAAUGUUGGAGCUGGACUUUUCGCCAUGGGUGAUGCUUUCAAGAACUCUGGCAUAGUUCUUGGUCUCUUUGGAACUCUCUUUAUUGGUCUUAUCUGCAUUUACAACAAUCACACAUUGGUAAGAUGUGCCAAUGCAGUUAUAGCUCAUAAAGGACUAAAGGAGGCCCCAACGUUUCCUGAAACAAUUUCUUAUUCAUUUGAAACUGGACCAAAGAUCUUCAAAUCACUAUCAACACAAAUUAAGAGAAUUGUCAAAAUUUUUAUACUUAUCACGCAACUUGGUUUUUGUGUUGUAUACAUAGGAUUUGUUGGGCAGUCUUUAAAAGAAGUGGUUGAGAGUCACUUAGAUGGAAUCAAUUUAAAUGUUCGUGCUUACAUGAUCAUGUUGUUUCCUUUAAUAACCUUAGCCAGUCUGAUUCGGACGCUCAAAUUCCUAACGCCUAUUUCAUUCGUAUCAAAUGCAUGUCUAAUUUAUGGUGUAGUGGCUGUGUUCAUAUGUAUAAUAAAGGAUGCUUCCUUUUCUAUCAGUGAAAGAAAAUUCGUUCAAAGUAUGGAUAAGUGGCCACUUUUUAUUGGAACUAUUAUUUUUUCUUUUGAAGGAAUAGCACUAGUUAUUCCUCUUAAGAAUGAGAUGAAUAAAACUGAACAAUUUGAUUCAAAAUUUGGAGUCCUUAAUGCUGGAAUGUCAGUAAUAAUGACGAUGUUACUCAGUUUAGGGUUACUUUCUUAUUUGAAUUAUGGUGAUGAAGUUCAUGGAAGUGUUACCUUCAAUUUGGGUAAAGAUCUUUUGGCUGAAACAGUGAAGGCCGCAGUAGGUACUGGGAUAAUGCUGUCAUAUCCACUGCAGUUUUAUGUUGCUGCGAAGAUUAUAAAGUUGGAUAUUGAUGAUGUAUGGGGUCCAUUUAAACAUGAUCAUUGUAUGGAGUCAUCAGAGAGAGUAGUUCUGAUUAUUACAACCUUUAUUAUCGCUCUUGUGGUACCACAUAUUGAUGCAGUUGUAUCGUUGAUCGGAGUUCUAUGCAGCAAUGCCCUGGCUCUCUUGCUACCAGCACUGUCAGACUACUGUUUAAGAUAUGGCAAUGAACCUGUUUUGAAGAAAAACUUUUUUAGAACUGUUAUGAAUUUUUUAGCUAUACUGCUGAGUGUUGUCGGUGUUAUUACUGGCUCCUAUGUGGGUGUCAAGAAUAUGAUUGAACUUGUUUUAGAAGAUUUGAGGCAUGCAUCGUGAUAAUAUAUUAAUUUUUGAC